AUGGGCAUUUCAAUGGGUUUUGAUGAUUUACAAAAAAAGUGGAAGAAUGUCAAAGACUACUAUAAAAAAGAAAAGAAAGAACUUCCUUCUGGAUCAGCUGCUGCAAAGAAAAAAAAAAAUGUUUAUUUUGAAAUGCUUGGGUUUUUGGAUAAAACUAUUGAACGUAGAAGUACUAUAAGCAACGUAAUAGAAAAGGAAAGCAUUAUUGAUAACCUUCAAGAUGUUCAACAUAAUAUCGAUAAUGAAACAAUCGAAUCUGAUCCUUUGGAAAAUGAGGUAUUACCAAAGUCAACAAGUCAACCACGAAAACAAAAAAUGACGGAUUUUCAGAAAAGUGUGGUUGAAGUUUUAGCUAAAAGGAAAAUUAGCAACGACAACGAAGAUUUGGAUGAAGAUAAUUUCCUAAAUCAGAUGCCUAUGCAUCACCAAACACCAUACAUUUCCAACACCAUCCCGAAUAUACAUCAAAACAUAACUCCUGCAAAUUCUUCCAAUCAUGAUCCUAACUGCUUAUUUUCUCCUAGUCCACCAGAUGCUUCAAAUCAAUCAACUAGUUACAUUGAUGUUGACUUUUGA